AUGGUUGUGCAUUACUAUAGAAAUGUGAGUGCUGUAAUCUUUAUGUAUGACAUCACAAGGGAAAGUUCUUUUAGAGCACUCGCAACUUGGCUGCAAGAGUAUGAUCACUAUGGAAUCUCUGACGAAGGAGAAGUUCCAAAACUUAUGAUUGGCAACAAAUGUGACCUUAUUCAUGAGAGAAUAGUCAGUUCAAAUCAAGCUAGAAAAUUUGCUGAUCUUCAUAGUAUGCCAGUGUGGGAAAUUUCAACCAAAAAUGAUGAAGAACUGGAGACUAUUGAGUCUAUUUUUCUGACUCUUUCACAUAAACUUUUGAAGUCAAGAUCAUCUUUCAUGGACCGGCCGACAAAUUAUUCCAGCAUUGAUUCCUUCAGUGACAGCACUAGGUCAGCAUCAAGAAGAUCAAAAAAGGGAAGAAACUCAAAGAGGAUUAAACUCAAACAUGAAGAGAGACAGAAAAGGAAAUGUUGUGAGUCGUCAUGAAGUUGUCAAAAUUUUAAUUUUUAUUGAUGAGCAGUAGGAUGCAUAUAUAGUUGUUAGUACGUCUAAAUGUAUUUGGAAGUAUCUAUCACUAGUUACUAACAGUGAGAGAAAAUGAGUAUCUACUGUGUAGAACUUAAUGUUUUUGGUAAUAAUUUAUAACAAAUUCCUUUAAGAAUUAACCCUAACCCUAACCCUAACCCUAACCCUAAACCCUAAACCCUAAGGGACAAGCACUGUGUACCACUCUCUCGCUAUUUUGCAGGUGAAGUGAAAUUACUCUACAGUAGUAACACAGCAGCUUAGGGCAAUAAUAUUAUGAGUAUUUUGUUGUCAAAAUGGGAAGACUAUCCUGUCAGAUCUCACAGCGUAAGAAUCAUACCGAUACACUGGGCCGAGUUGUUUAAUGCUGCAUUAAGAUAACCCAGGGUAAGAGUGAGAUUUGAAUUGAGAUUUGAAAUCUUAAAAAGCAUUUCAGCUUUAAUACUUUUUGUCUAUAAGUUGAUGAUUGGACGCUCUAAAAAUGCUAGAAAAUGCCAAGAAAAUGCUUUUGAAUAGAAGAAAAGAAACCCAGGUUAAGCACUAAUCGUCCCUCAAACAACUGGGCCCAGACUGCUAUUUUGUGGGAACUGACAGUUAAUAUUGGGGUAGAAAGUAGACAAGCUUAAGUCCUGGUGAGUGCUGUUAUUUUUUUUACUUAAUGAACAGUAUUUCCUCGAAUAAUAACCAUCUCUCGAUUAAUCACGUCCCUCAAAAUUAAUAAUAACCCCCCUUUGACAGAAAUAUUUAAAAUCAUAACUUCCAUCUAAUAAUGGCCCCCCAACCCCUUUUGCCAUCUUCUCUUUUUUUUUAUCCCCUCCCUGGCAAGUUAAAAAUUGACAAGCGGGAUAACAAACAUAGCUGAAGUGGAGUCUGAUGCAGCAAAACUGAUCAGUGAUGAUUUAAGUUGUGACGUCAAGGAUAUUGACAUUGAAAAUUAAUCAAGGAACCAAAUUUGCAACACUUAAAAAACCCAUGUUCAGUUUAUUUGAUGUGGUUAUUUUUUUUUUAUUUAAUGGAAUAAUAAAACAAAAUAUAUAGAGUAUGACUUCCAGUGAGCAAUAUUUGAAAUAAUCGCCUCCUGCAAAUAGUUGCCUUCCUUGAAUAAUUGCCUUUUUUUGGUGUGAAAAAAAGAAUAGUUGCCCCUACCUAUUAUCUGAGGAAAUCCAGUAACCCUUAGUCUCUUUGAAGUGUGGUUUAAAAGAAAACUGUUAUAAAGGGAUUUUUUUUGUAUCAGUCAAAACAUAUAAUUUUCAUGCUUCCACUAAAUCAGUCACUCUUGCUCAUUAGACUUUCAGAUGUGUAUACUCAUUUCAUUAAGCAUACUUCAGAAUACUGCUCAGCUGAUUAAGUUUGAUUGGGUUUUUAGGGGUGAAUGUAUCCCUUGUUGGUCACAAGAACCCCAAGCCCAUUGAUUAUUGAAUAAUAAUAAUUCAAUCUUGGUGUGCCUGUGCAUCAAUUAAGAGCACUACAUCAUUCUUCUAUCAUGCAGUAGCUUUUUACUAGAAAUCCUUUUUUACACAACAUUCCCAAAUGCAAAAGUAAAAGAGAACUAGAUGUUGUCCAUCAAGACUCAUGCAAGAUUUCAUACUCUAUACUGGUAUUCCAGUCUUUUCCAUGAGCAUUGGUUGGCCUUUGACUUGGUGUGUAAAACAAAAAAACAUAAAACAACAACAAUCUUUAAUGAAUUUCAUGCAACAAUUGACAGUUGUCUUGUCCACACAAUUAGCAAAAAUGCUAUUCUAGGUGGAACAAUAAUAGUUUUCAAGAUUCACGUCCAUCAUGGUCAGCUCAGUUGAUCAUGUAAAUUUGAUUAUUAAUGGCUUGCUUGAUGCCUGCUAUAAUUUGAACUGGAAUUGCAUCCUUUACCAAUAUAGCUCAACCUGAAGAAUUUUAGUAAAUAAGUAGUUAAAAUGAUAAGAAAAAUUUAGAAUCAUGUUUAUGCCAAACAGCAAACAUAAAUUUAAACUGCAUGACCAAGGUUUCCAUUUUAAGGUUUUUGUUUACUUUUUAGCCAUUUACUGUUUGUUAUCUGUACACAGAAAUAAGUAGUUUCUUUCCAGCUCCAUCCAUAAGAAUUAGUUUGCAAAAAAUGUGAUUCUAAAUCUCACAUGCUUAAUACAGUAGUACAGUGCCGGGUUGUUCAAAGCUGGGUUAAGUUACCCCAGGGUUAGAACGAAAUUUGAAUUCAACAAGGCCCUGAUAACAAUGUUUGAGUUAUUAUAGUAUAGAUUAUUGAGUAAUUUUGUAAUAAAAUGUCAAUAUAAGAUGUUAGGAACUAAAUUUAUAUAAAUAUUUAUACUUCCAGAAUUAUUGCACAUAGCACUUUAUAAGUAAAUAGUAAGUAAUACAUUAAAGAUUUAAUUUUUAGCAUUAAAUUGGAUACCACUGUAAAGAAAUAAUAAUAAUAGCUCUUAUACAAAUAUAUGAUAGAUUCCAAUUUCAUUGAGUUUGAGCACUUUUUUGAUUUAAAAUUUAGUAAACUUCCUCAAUACAAGAAAGUGGCAAGUUCAUUGAGCCUUUGAACAGGUUAUUGGUAUAAAGGUUUUGUGGAAAAAGAGUAAAAACAGCAGGUGUGGGCUCAGGGGUCUCAUUUUACAUUCCCCAGGCUGUGAUUAUCAUCAUUUUUUCUUUCACUCAUAUCACACAACCCUCCUCAUCAACGUUCUUAACGUUGGGAAGGAAUGCCUGACAAACAAAAAGGAAGGUUACAGCCUCGGCUGGAUUGUUCAAAGCGGGGUUAAGAUAGCGAAAUUUGAAAUCACUUAUGAAAGCUUAAAAGGAAAAUUCAGUUUGCUUCUUUUUGUCAACAAUUUGACGACGGGCGGGACGGUCCAAAAAGGAAUAGAGAAAAUUAUCUGAUAAAAUGCGUUUAAACAAAAGAAUAAGAACCACGGAUUAAAAUUUAACCCCGGGGUUAGCGCUAAUUAGCCUUCGAACAACUGGACACAGGAGGUAGCCUCCCUGCAAACAUCCUUUGGGGUUCGUUUGUCACACAUUCAUUGAAUGAAUUCAUUGAAUGAAUGCGUGACAAACGAACCCCAAAGGACGUCUGCGGGGAGGCUACUCAGGAGGGUACUCCUUAUUAUGGACUACCGGCCCAAAGGAGGUACCUUAUUCAGGACAGGGGUAAGGAAUUUAAAAAUUAGGGAUUUCUUUAAUUAANUGAAGCAAAAAGUAAAUAAUGAAUAGCAAACCAGUUUUAGUAAAUAUUUUUAAAAGUUUCUUUAAAAUAAAAAACGCGUCAAUUUACACCACAACCCCCUUUUCAGCCCGAGGGGUACUUUGGACCCUAAACAAACAGAAAGGGGGAAAGGAAACAAAAAUUUCCCCCCCCCCCUCCCCCCAAAAUCCCCCCCCGGGCUUACAGCACCACCCUCCCCCCCCCCCCAAAAAAAGGAAAAAGCCUUGUUGGAUGCCCGAGGUUGGAUGCCCGUGACCCCGGGACAUAGUAAUCACAAAACAAGUCUUGAUCGUAUUUGACUAGCGUAAUACAUACGGGAUUUGUCCUCAAAUCUCUGCCUAACUGAAGCCACACACAAAACAUACUUGCCAAAUUUCGAAUUCCUACCAAAAAAUUCCCCUAUUGGUAACUAUAAAACCCCCCAAAAACUUCUAUCAUCCCCGUCACUGAAAAUCGAAAGUAACCCUCUUAUCCACUCCCCCUGGGGUUAUUGGAGCAUUCGAUUCAGACUUUCGGUCAUACUCCUGCAACACCCCCGAAGAUACAAGCGUGCGAAAACAGUAUAUUUAAGUACUCAGGAAAAAGAAACUCAAAACACCCUCAUGUAGUUUUUAACUAAAACCCUUUCAUUUCCUGUGGACGGUUAAUGAAAAAGGUACCUCGUCCUGACCUACCUCGAGCUCGGAGCACUAUCCACCGUACAAAACUUUGUGGGGGCGGUGGCUAAAAAAAAAGAAAGAAAAGAAAACAAGAAUUUGAUUCCUUUCCGUGCUCCUCCCAAGAAUAAUAAAAGUCAGAACUAAAUUAAAAAUACCUUUUUAUAUACAGACCGCAUAGCACUGCAUGUAAAAACAAUAGUGCACUAAAACUCAUGUUGAGGAUAAAAGUUUCAAACACGGAUACAGACGAAGAAACAACCCAAGAGUUAAUCAGUUCAGCUUAUAUUUACCUUACUAUUUACCCACAGCAACUCACUGUCUUCCCCGCCUCAAACUUCUCAGUCUCAUUUCCUUUUCCUGUUGCCUUCACGAUGACCUCAUCUUUCAGUUAUUCGGACGCUGUUUCCCUUCGGGUACUUUUACUUUCCCGAUUAAACGCACUUCCUGUAAUGUGUUCAAGAUGUAAAAUACUUUUACCGGGUUGAGAUCUAUUUUGGAAAAUAAUUGUGGUAUGAAAGUGCAGUAUUUUUGGGAUUCUCAGUGAUGGACAAUCGGUACAUUCAAUUAUAAACGCUUAAAAAAGCUUUGCAGUAGGGAAGGGAAGCUAAAAGUGUUAAUUUAUAUGCAAAUCUGAUGACCAUAUUUAUCAGGGAAUAUUUUUAUUUUGUGCCAUGGGUUGACAGUUUUCUGGCAUGUUUAUGUAGGCUAUACAAAUAUUACAGGCAAAUUUGAAUGAAGUGUGGUACUUAAGGGUGUUGGAACUCGCAACGUGCUUAUAAAUACGUACAAACUUCCGAAUAUAGCUUACCUUCCUUCAGCGAAACCGGAAAUCAAAUUUGCAAAAAAGUAUUAAUCGUGCUUACCGGAAACACGCGCGAUGUUGUUUUGCAUGACGUCAUUAGAGGCUUGACCAAUCCGAACAAUUGAAAACAAUGGUUCUAGUUCCUUCGCGCGUGAUUGUGAAACAUGUAACAAUCUAAUCUGAGAAAAUUUCAGUUUAAAGAGAGUGGGUUUCCCCUGGCCAUCGCAGAGUAAUUUCUUAAGAGCAUUGCGUUGCAAGAAAAAGGCAAAUAACCUGGACAGUGCAAAUAUUUUCAAGCUCAAAGACAGCUCUGAUGGAGGACUACAGUUACCUGUUUAAAAUUAUACUGAUUGGCGAUGCAAACGUCGGAAAAACAUGCCUGGUAAAAAGAUUUACGAAAGGAUUCUUUACCCCAACCCAAGGGCCGACGAUCGGUGUGGAUUUCACAAUCAGAACAGUGGAAGUAGACGGCGAAAAAGUUAAGGUAUAAACUGGGUUGCCAUCCGGAAGAUUUACACUGCAAACCAUUCACCUUGCUUGCGCUUGCACUCAGCUGGAAGAUAUGCUAUUUUCGGCUUGCGGAUUAAAAAAUGGCGCAUGAUUUUUUUCCAUCUUCAAAUUUUUCUUUUUUGUGAUAUUAUUUUUAUAACUGCUUAGUAUUUUUGGCAUUUUAAAAGAAGUCUUUGCUGUUGAAAAAUAUUUUUUUUACUUGGCUAGCUUCCGUGAUUUUUUAAAGUUUGUUUUGUAAUUUACGACGCCAUAAUAUUAUGAAUUGCAUACCAAAACCAGCUAUUAUUAACUUUAAAUGUAUAACUCUCCAAACCUGCUCGUUAAAACGUAAGCAAUAGUUACUGAUUUCAUCAUUCUAUUUUUUGGUGAAUUAUAGUCAACGUGUGAUGGGGUAGUUUAGUUUUACAGGCAGAUUUUAAAAUCCGGAAUUGUACUUUUCACGUCAUCUUAAAACCGUGAGAUCAUUUCUUAACUUAUUUGAUACCCGUUUUCUGGCUAGUAUCCAUAAAAACGUCAAUAUAUUCUUCUGAUUCUUGUCUGCUAAUAUUUUAAAUUGAAAUGCUUGGAGCAAAACCAUAAUUAGGCUUAGCACAAGAGCAGACGUUCCUCUUGAUUUCGUGCAGAGCGUGAGUUCGUUUUCGCUCUAUCUCAGUUGCGGCUAUCUGAAAACUUCCGUCCUGUAAUUGUUAAAUUACGUUUGUUUAUUAUUUUUCCAUAUGUCUACUUUUCAAAGGUUUCUGUGUUAUGUUUAAUUUCAAUUCCAUUAUUUAUAAUUACUUUUUCCCAAUGGGGAAAGAGUCAUUUACUGAAUUCAAAUAAUUAGAAACUAAGCAUUGAGUAUAAAUCCAAUUUAUUUUAUGUACUUUUUGUAAAAGUAAUUUAUGUUUUUAUCACGUUAAAACAAUAAAAAUAAAUUUGUGGAUUGUUUGGGGUUACUUUAAAGGAAAUUUAAAUAUUGCAAGUCAUUACUGAAAAUAUACAACAAUAAUAACCAUAAAAGAUAAGAAGCACGCAAAAGCCAAAACUAUAUUCAAAAGCCAAGAGUAUGAAACAGUCACAAGUUUUGUGUUAUUCCAGGUUUUAUACUACAUUAUAAUAAUUUUAUACAUCAUGUACUGAGAGUUUUUUUUUUUCUGUAGCUGCAAGUGUGGGAUACAGCCGGCCAAGAACGUUUCCGUUCAGUUACACACAGUUAUUAUCAUAAUGCUGACGGUGUUAUAAUCACUUACGACAUUACCAGCAGGAAGUCAUUUGAAAACUUAAAUCAAUGGCUUGAGGAUGUUCACCGAUUCACCAGCAAAAAAGUGCUCAUGUACAUUGUUGGAAACAAAUGUGACCUUGUUCAUCAGAGACAAGUUGAUUUUAGGAGUGCUGAAACAGUUGCCGAGAAAGAAAAUUGUGUUGCUAUGGAAACAUCUGCAAAAGAAGCAGACAAUGUAGAGAACUUGUUUAUGGGUCUUGCAACACAGCUUAAGAGAAGAAUUAAAGGUGAAGAGGGAACUGAAACAACAGAUUCUUCAGGUGCUGGUGAAAGCAGUUCUUCAGGAUCAGUCACUCUUGGAGGACAUACAGUUUGUGCACGAGGACCUCUAUCUUGUUGUAGAGUAUAG